GGCAGUGCGGCGCUGCUGGGGCGGCCCAGUGUGGAGGGUGGGAGGCCUGGGCCUGCUCUGGUAAUUCCACAAAGAACCGCAGUCUGAAGUAGUUCAGGGGCCAAAAGGUGCCGUACGGCUGUUGACAAGAGCACAGCCCAUGGUUAGCAUCAUGGCGUGGUUAAUUUCUUGAAUAAUGCUCUGGGAUGGUUGCCUUUUAUUUAGAAUUGAUGAGGAGAUGCAGUACAGUAAGCUUGGCAGCACAGCACAGUUAAUUUAGGAGGUACUCCUGCCACGGAGCCUGGAGUUGUGCAGCAUCUUGUGGGGCUCUGGUGGGCUGACAGUGAAUGGUUUGUGUUUUUGUGUGUGUGGGUUUCCAUAUAACACCAGAGUCACUUUGGAAGUGGCCCUGUGAGGCCCAGAGGAAACCAGCAGCAGUCUGUAUGCCUUUAGGGCUCCAACUGGCUCCCGGACUGGGACAGCCCUGCCUUAAGUUCCCUGUAUUAACUUGUCCAUAAGGAAGCAGGUGCUGCAGCUUCUGCUCACUUCAGGUCUUGGUUAGCUGAGACCUCCCAUCUAAGCAAGGGCUGAGGGAGAUGGACUUCUGCAGCCUGGAGAAGAGAAUGUUCAAGGCAGACCUCACUGUGGCCUUCCAGUACCUGAGGGGAGCUUAUGAACAGGAAGAGAGCAACUUUUUACUCAUUCUGAUAUUGAUAGAACAAGGAGGAAUGGCUUUAAACUAAAAGAGGGGAGAUUUAGGUCAGGUAUCAAGGGGAAAUUCUUUCCUCAGAGGGCGAUGAGGCACUGGUGCAGGCUGCUCGGAGAAGCUGUGGGUGCCCCAUCCCUGGAAUUGCCCAUGACUAGGCUGGAUGGAGUCCUGGGCAACUUGAGCUGGUGGUUGGCAGCCAACCCACAGCAGAGCUUGGAACUGAAUGAUCUUUAAGGUCCUUUCUAACCCAGGCCACUCUGAUCUCUCCCUGAACGCCCUCCCUUUCCACUGCUGUUUUUCCAGGCUGAUGAUCCAGUGCAGUAAUGACUGCUGUACAAAAUAUAUCUGGAAACCACUUUUUUAUUGCACCUCUAAGAAGUCCACCCAACUCUUUGAAUUAAUAUUUACUGGAAAUACUUUUAAGAAACAUGUGUUAAAUAAUGCCACUAACAGUACAAGCAGAGGAGAGAAAUGGGGAGUGUUAUCCUUAAGUGCUUUUGCAUGUUUGGUUAGAUAUUUCACAAGGAAACAGAGGUCUCUGCUAUGUGCACAAUGCCUCCUUCAUGACACAUGCAGGCUGGGACAGCUGUCUUUUAUAUCACAAGGGCAAAGGUUUCAGAAGCAUCUAAGCACCCAUCAGUCUAAGAUACAGCAGAUUCCAUUUACACAGAUUUCAACAGGGUGAGCCACUGGCUGCUGUUGCAACAUUUAAAAUCCCUAUGAAGAAAGGAAAAGGAGGUGUUCAAAACAAGAUCCUUGAACUGUGUACUAAAAUCUGUCACAGAUCUUGAAAAACAGGACAAAAUAACCACAAAUAAUUACUUUUUUUCUAUAUUGAACACUGAAAAAGACACAGAUUGCUCAGCAGGGUUUUUGCUUUGUGCUCAUCAUAAAUUAUGCAGCCUUUCCAAAGAUAGAAUAAGCAUAUCACACAUAUUCAUGAUUCCUUAUGGUAAAUGAAGAUGCAUAGUCUUGGAAAAAUCAAGGCUGUUAUGGGAACCCUGAAAAGUUCAGAUUACAAAGUACAGUAACAAAUUGUUUGUAACCAUAGAUAAGCACUUAUCUAUGCUGCAAAAGUUGUAUUUCAUAUGCAGUGUCUUUAUGUUGGUCUGAGAACAGUUUCUGUUACACGACCUGUAGGGGAAUAUGAUAGGCUCAAGUAGCUACCAUGAAUAUUUUACACCAAACUUUAAUAUGUUUCAGCUUACACCCACCAUUAAAUAUUCAGUGUCUGAAAAGAAAGCUCUCCUUGUGCCUUUGUCAUUCUCAUCUGAGACUUCAUGCUAGUAGGUGUAAUACAUGGAUGGCCCUCUUCUUCAUUUUGACCAUUUUUUUGAGCUUUGCUUGUGACCAUGGGGAGCUGCAACUUCCACACCACAAGGACUGUCAAAGUGGAGUUCACUGCAGAAGAAAACAGAAUCUGACAAACUGUCCAGCAGGCUUCUUCUGCCCUGAAGGAAGCACCUCACCAGUUCCAUGUCCCCGAGGCACUUUCCGUUCCGAAGGAGCAGCACUGACAGCACACAGCUGCUUGGCUUGUCCAGUGGAUUUCUUUAACCCCAUGCCUGGUCAAAAAGCAUGUCUCCCAUGCGGCUCAGAGGCAGCACAGCCCGCAGAAGGACAAGAAACAUGCAUAUGUCUUGGGAAAGGCCAGGUUUUUCAGGCUCGUGAUGCUCACUGCACGUGCCCUCUGGGUUAUCAGAGCUCUGUGAGUGGCAGAAGACAUUGUGUCAGAAGAACAUAUGAUAUCUGUCGAGAUUCAGCCUCCCGAAAUCAGGAAGGACGGUGUCUGACCAAGAAGGAAUGGACUCACUAUUGCUCAGAAAAGGUUUGUACUAUUCCCAGGGAUUAUCAAGGCUAUGACAAGGUUCUUGGCCUCUGCAUCUGUCAAACUGACCGUUUGGAGAACAUCUGUGAUUCUCAGUGUAGGAGGCAACAAAGAGAAACCCUGCAAAUCGCCUGUGCAGAGGAAAACCCUCAGCUUUUUAUCACUUACAGAAAUGGAAGCAAGGCUGCCAUUCUCUUAGAAGAAUUACGAACAGUUCUACUAGGAUCAUAUUUCCCUUUAAAAGAUGUCUGCACUUCAGAACAAAGCAAAUACUUUCAUCCAGCAUACAUCGUGAAAGCAAGUGGGAGAGGAUUUUUAGGAGUGUAUAAUCCUGACCCACAGCUGUUUCAUAACUUCAUCAUGCUGAACAAGGCUUCAUCACUUCACAAAAACAGGUCUUCCUCCCCAACAGCUCCAGUUAAUUCUGACCAUGAAGAACCCAGAUCUUCCCUCAUACAAAGCCUGAGACCUUCAACCUCCACAUCAAAAAUCAUAUUUAGUGGCAUCUUAAAUCCUACCACAUGCAUCAGUGCUAACGUUACCAUUGUGUUCAUCGUCUCCAAGGAGCAUUACCCAGUUUAUGAUGUGAACAACUUGUACAACACAAACACCGACUUUGACUGGGGGGACUUUCGAAGACUUGCAGAGGAAAUAAGAGCUGUUUCCCAAACCUUCCUCUUCUUCCUUUUCCAGUUCCAGCACCCUGGUACCUAUGUGUUACAGCUGAGCAGCAAUCAGCACAAAAAAAUGUACAUUAGGGUCAUGCCACUUGGAGGACAAUGUUAUGAAGAGGGGCCAUUCUUCCCCACAACUCCCAGAUAUGCUGUGCAGGUGGGCAUUGCCAGAAAGCAAGACCUCCUACUGAAACCUGACUGGACAACCAUUAUUGGAGUGAUCACGGGACUUCUCACAUUGCUUAUUACCUGUGUGGUGUUGACACUUCUUUGUCAGGGACUUAGCUGGUCACAGAAGGACACUGCCUGCCCUCCAUUUCGAAGGCAGCAGCUGAAAUACAAUCUGGACAGAUAUUCCUCCAAUGUACCAACAGUCUUUCCCAUCAGAAAGUAUCACCCCUGGCUGCAGAACAAGGGUAGCAUGGAUGCUGACUCUUGCAACACUGGUGGAACAGCCUGCUCCAUGAAAAAGGGUGGUGUUUGGGAACCUGAAGUACAGAUAGACCUUGAGUUGUUUAACACCAACGUUUUCUUCGAACUUUUGCUGAGGCAGUCACAGUCAGUCACAGCCAAACUGGGCCAUUUCAAAGAAGAGGUGAAAACAUUUUAUCACAAGCUUACAAGUGAAAUAUCUGCACUGAAAAGCCUUUGGAUCAUGACACUAAAUAUCCCAGAAGAGAUAGAGUCUUAUGAGAGCACAACGAUGGAGAAUUACUUAAAAGCAAAACAGCAGGCAGAAGAAGAAAUGCAGCACAGGAAGCAGUUGGCUGCAGAAUAUGAGGAAUGUGUGAACAAACAGAUGCAGUUACUGCAGCAUGAUCUGAAAUGCCAGGAAGAGCAUUAUGUCACGUUCAAUUCUGCCCUGCGAGAGGCAGUGAGGUUGGCAGAGAUGCUGACAAAUAAGAUGGCUUGUAAAAGAAGCCCAACCACUUGGUCCCAGCCAGACUGUAAAAGCCUGUUAGCCCAGAUAGAUGCUGCAAGCAACAGGAUGUCAAGCUUAAUAAUAACAGAGAGCCACCGCCUGAAAGCAUGGGGAGUGCUGGGUGAAGGAACAGGAGCUCACCUUCUUAACAAAGAUAAAACCAGGAUCCUUACCAAACAGGAGCUUGUGGACCCAAAGGGCAGUGCCCGAGCACCUGAUGUUAUCUCUGUGGAUCCUGUCACUGGGCUGUUAAUUCCCAGCCCACACUGUGCCAUGCUGCUGAGCAGCCAGUGCUCUGGGCCAGUACCAAGCAACCAUUUCCUGCAUCCAGGCACUGGGAAGGUGCUUCACAUAGCGGGCAACGUUGGUUAUGAUCCCAUCAGAUCUGGGCUGGUCUGUACUGUUGAUUCUGCUUCAGGUGAGCGUCAGAAACCUGAAGUGCCCAUAUUUCCUUACAUUCCUUACCCACUUUGUCCUGACACUGGCCUACCUGUGAAGACAAAACUUCCAGUCCUGUGUCCUGAAAAAAUAUUUGGUCUUGGAGGACUCAUGGCAGAUCCAGUGACAGAAAUAGAAGUACCAGUGCUUGGGGUUACGAUCCAUCCUCACACUGGGCAAAAGCUGGCUGUUGGUGGGACAUACCUCAACCCCAUCACCAGCACACUGACACCGCUGGAGAUCGGGGGUCCUAUGACAGAGCCAGAGGGAGGCAAGAUUGUUCCAAUCCUCGGGGUUGGUUUGGAUGGUAACACUGGAGAAGUUAUACCUCUAGGUGGGCUGACGGAUCCUUCUGGAAACUUAAUGCUUAUUGGAGAUUCCUUCAUUGAGCCUCUGAGUGGGAAAAUUGCCCGAGUACAGGGAGCUCACCUGCAGCAAGACAAGGUUCUGCCCCACGGUGGCAGUUACCAAGCAGUGCUGGAAGCUGAGUGGCUGCUAUCCCAAAGUCGUGUGGUGGAUGCUCUAAAGAAGCUUAAGGCAUCAGUUUUGGAAGAUACCUGUCUAGCAGCAGACAGAUUGGCAGUGCUAAAGGCUUCAGUAGAAGAUAUGAAGAAGUCUUUCACUGCUAGAUUUUACCAUGCAAUGCACUGCUUGAAAAGCCUCAAGAAAAAACAAGAAAUAGCCUCAAAUGUCAAGAGUAAUGGUGGGAAUCUGGGUAUGAUCAAAUAUCCGGGCACAGAGAUGUGGAUCCCUGCAGUGUUUGGAAUGAAAAUCCCAGAUCCCGGAGGGUCCAGUUUGAUGGUGCCAAUUCUGGGAAUAGACUUUGACUGGAAUAACAGGCAGCCUUCCCCACUCGCAGGGACCAUGGAAGAUGGAAAUGGAAAAGGCCUUGUCCCUAUCGCUAUUGGUGCCAGAACCAUAAGUCCAAUUACAGGUGAAAUUGGACCUGUUAUUGGUGCUCAAACCCACCCCCAGACACACAACGUAAUUCCUGUUGUUCAGUCCUUCAGAGCUUUACCAAGAGCCACGGAUUCAGAGCUGCUGGACCUCCUAGAGAAGGAAAUAAAUUCAAGGCAAAUAUACUGGCACUGCAGAAUAAAAAAGGAAGAAGGGCUCCUUAAGGAACUGAGUUCUCUAUUUCUUCAUGUCCUUGAUGCUGCAAAAGAGGGAAAGGCACAGAAGAUAAAAUACAGGGGAGAAGUGAAAGACAUUGAGGAAAUGUGUCAUUUUCUUGAAGGGUCCUCUCUGCAAGAAGCUGAGAGAAGAGCUUCAAAGUAUUUCAGCAGCCAGCUGGGCACUGCAUUACCCUUACUAUUCAAAGGUGACAGAGAUGAAAAAGAACAGGAAAUACAGGUUCUGCUGGAGAUCAGAAAGGCACUGGAAAAACUGAUGCAGUUUGUUAAGAAGAUACAAGAAGAAGAAAAGAGAAUAUGUGUGCAGAUUACACAGAGAGAGAAGCAGAGGGGAUGCACAUCAAGUACAGAAACAGUAACCAAUGUGAUGCUCAGACAGGUUAUACUCGCUCUAGCCUCUGAAUUUCAGGAAUGCAUGCUGAAACAACAAGCUAACGUGGAGACAGCAUACACUAAGCUGGAAUUUUUGAGGGACUUGUCAGAUAUCCAAACCCAGCAGGCAAAGAUGCUUUUCUGUGGGUCACAGCACUGUUUUGAAAACUAUGAGACAGUCAGAUACUAUGGCAGUAGUGGGAUCUCACACAGUACAUGCAAGGCCAUCGAUCACAGUGUGAUCCCACUGCUCAAGUCUAUGGUUCAGAUGCUGGAGGAAGAUAGCAGAAGUUACGUAUCAUCUGAGACACCUGAUGAAGACAGGAUUAUCGCUGCAUUUCCAGUUCAGGUGUAAUGCAGAGAUGUUUGUUUCAUCAUUCAGAAACAGCACAUUCUUCUCAGAGUAAACAAGAUGCCUUCUCGAGUCAAGAAGGAGAACUAAUAGUAGUGGAUUCUGCAGCCCUAUCCACGAGGGAGUUUGUCAUAUAUCAGUAUGGCAUCUCUUUGCUGCAGUUUCUCAGACUUCACAUUGAUGCUCCAGAAGUUAACCUGUGUGUUGCCUCCAGUAUUCCUCUCUGUAAUGCCACAGGCAAUGCCUUCAGGAACUCUUUCUUUUAUCAGACUUCCAAGAACAAACUGUUCAUCCUGAGGGAUUGCCUGGGUUCUGCUGGAAGUUUCCUCUUGCUCCUUGUGCACUGCUUUGCUCACAUCACUGCUGCUGACUUCAGCCAAGACACCAACCCAACCUUUCUGAGGCUUUUUUAUCAGGCACUAAAGACUUGCCUUGGUGAGAUGUUUUCUCUCAGACUUCAGCUGUCAGCAGUUCUCCAAGAUAAUAAAUCCUCUGGGAUAACUGAGAUGUUGCUGAAGGAAGAGCCAUUCUCCAAGGAAGAAAUAAGCCUGAUCUCCCAACUUUUUGAGGUGAAAGGGAAAAACCUCACAGAAAUUGAAGCCUUGGAGAAGAUAAGAAGACAGACUGACUCCUGGUCUGGUUGAAAACUCACCAUCCUUUUUUUCCAUACUUCAUUACAAAAUGGCAAUUAAAAGCUGCUUAUAGAUAUUAGGGCUCCCUAUUUGCAGCCAUCAAUUCCUAACAAACAUCUGUUUCAAAUCUAACAGCCUCACAAGUAUCAUUUUUACCUGGAAAAAAAAACCCUCAUAGCACAAAAAAAAUUAUUUGGCCUCAUACAAAUCACUAGGACAGCAUCAAAAGCAGCACUAUGAAAAAUGUAUGUAAAGAGUCUAUUAAAGGCCUUUAAAGUUACUGAUCUGCUCUCUGCAUUUCUGUGCUUACUGAAUGACAAGUUUGAGGAACCACUAAAUGACAGCUUGUUUGAGAAGAGAAAAAAGCAUUUCCUUCAUGCCUUAGGCAGCUAUAAAAAGGGCAGGUUUGGAUGGAGGAUGUGAUUUGUGAUGGUGUAGUUGAAUACAAAGCAGAUCAUGACACCUUUUCAUUAUGACCUCACUUUACACUACCAAAGCCAAUCUUCACAACCUGCUACAUCUGGGCAGGUUGGAUGAAGGGUAG